AUGAGUACUAAUCCAUGUUUAUCAAAUGUCAAUGGAUCAAUUCGAUUUGAUACAUUACAUGAUAUUGAAGUAGCUGGUUAUCGUUAUGUAAUGUUAACAAUAUGUAUCUUUGGUGUUGUAUGUAAUAUACUUAAUUUAUGUGUUCUUCUUCAACGACGUCUUAAAGAAUCACCCUAUACUUAUUUAACAGGAUUAGCACUAGCUGAUAUGCUUACACUUAUGUCAAUAUCACCAGUAUCUAUUGUUCGUGGUGAUUAUAUUCGACAUGAAACGAUAUUUUUUACUUUAACUCGUCUUGAAGCACAAUUAUAUAUGCCAUUAGCAAAUUAUUUUGGUCAAGUAAGUAUAAUGAUAACAGUUGCAUUAACAGUUGAACGUUAUUUAUUUACAACUUAUCCAUUACGUGCACAAGGUUUUUGUAAAGCAAGUUAUGCUCGUCGUGUUGUAGCUACUAUUGUGGUUAUAUGCGGUAUUUUAAAUAUUCCACGAUUUCUAACUGAAACAGUUGAGAAAUUAAUUGCACCAGAAUCAACAUUUGUUUCAUCCAAAUGUAUAACACAUCCAUUUAAAAUCGAAUAUUCAUCAAUAAAUUCUUCACAUAUUGGUGAAUGUUUUUGUGUUGUUGGCAAUACAAAAGAAAGUUUUUUACCAUUUAAAAAUUAUUAUUAUUAUACAAUGUUAGGUAUUAAUCAAAUUUUACCAUUUGCAAUAUUACUUUAUUUAAAUUUACGUUUAAUAAGACGUGUACAAAUAUCAAAUCGUUAUACAUUAGCUGAAUUAAUAGCACGACAACAUAGCCCUAUGAAUUCAUCAGCUCCAACAAUGAAUUCAGCAACACAAAAACGUUUACGUGAAGAACAUCGGCUAACAAAAACACUUGUUGCUGUUGUUAUUGUUUUUUUAAUAUGUAAUACAUUUACAAUUAUAUCUUAUCCUGGUCUUGUUCGAUUAGUAACAAAACAUAAAUAUCCAAAAUAUUUUUAUGUUGGAUUUCGUAUACAAAAAUUAAUCACAAAUAUUAUGUUGUUAUUAAAUUAUUCGAUAAAUUUUUUUUUCUAUUGUGCAUUUAAUGAAAAAUUUUUAUUUACAUUAAAAAAAACAUUUCGUUAUGAUAAAUUAUUUUGUGGAUUAAUAUCAUCUCACAAUCGAAGUUUAUCAUCAAGUUCAACAAUGAAUCUACAUUCAAAUAUUUUAAAAGCAAAUCAAUGUAUUUCAAGUUAUCAUAAUGGUUCAGAUCAAAUUAAUAGACGACGAAAACAUUAUUCAAAUUCACGUGACUUUAAAAAGAUAUCAAGAGACGAAUUAAUAACAAAUGAGGACUUAUAA